CAUUCAAAUUUCCGCCGUGCUGUUGUGACCGUCAAUCGUGGUCGGAGUCGAAGAGAGAGAGAGGAACGGGGAGAGUGUUGCGACCGUCGCUCGUGCUCCGUGAAGACUAGACACUUCUCGCCCGGACUCGUCUCGGCUCCCCCCAGGAAAACGCGAAGACUACCCUCCCCCCUCCCCGCGAGGGUGCCCUCAGGAUGGCACAGAACGUGAACCCGUUCAGCUCGAUGCAGAACACGCCGACUAAGGCCGCCGAGGAGAAGCAGAGCUUGCCGAAGGACAAUCAUGCAGUCAGCAAACGGUUGCAGAAGGAGCUCAUGGUGCUGAUGAUGAGCAGCGAGCAUGGAGUAUCCGCCUUUCCAGAGGGAGAGAAUUUGUUCAAGUGGAUCGGGACUAUCACAGGACCAAGAGAUACGGUAUACGCCGGUCUCACCUACAAAUUGACCUUAGAAUUUCCACAUAGCUAUCCGUAUAGUGCUCCCAUAGUACGCUUCGCUACGCCUUGCUUCCAUCCAAAUGUAGAUACCGGCGGUAACAUUUGCCUAGACAUAUUGAAGGACAAGUGGAGCGCGUUGUAUGACGUCCGCACGAUUCUACUCUCCAUACAGUCCCUACUUGGUGAGCCCAACAACGAGAGCCCGCUUAAUCUCGAAGCGGCGGAGCUGUGGAACAAUCAGAUAAAAUACAAAAAGUAUCUGAUGGAAGAAUAUCACAGGGCGGUCGAUCGAACACAGAGCAAUCGCAAUCAACAAGAUUCAUGAUAAGCCAUGACACCAUAAUCCAUUUUGAAUCAUUUAAUAUUAUUAUUCCUUAUGAUUGGUAGGAUUAUAAUUAAGUGUACGAUUAAUUAGAACUGUCUCUGGCACUUCUCUCGGCGGUCAUCAAGCACUAUUAUUGAGUCUAAUUUUUUGGAUUCUCUUUUUCUUUCGAUACAGCACGACAAUGACGAAAUUCUUCAUGAAUUAUGUACGUGCCACAUUGCAUUUAGAUUGUAUCGCGCAAGAUUUUUGUAGGAACUUUUUGUAAGAACAGUUAUAAAUUUAUGUAUAAUCGUCGGUAUUAAGACAAUUGCACUACAUUUAUUUAUUUACCAUAUAGAAACACCAUAUGCGUUGGUUUUUCGAUCAUUACCGUCAUCGUUUGUACAUUACAUCUACAUUCGAUAUUUGUUUCCAUUUUUACCAUUACUGUAUAGUUCUAAAAUAAAUAUUUUAAUGAUCAUAC